AUCAGAACAAUGACUGCGCCGCCGGGUCCCCGGGAGCGCGUCGGAGGACUGUGAGCAGCCGCCGCCGGGGAGAGCGGCGGGCGGCGCAGCCUCAGCCGCGCGGUGUCAACGCCGGGCUCGGGCGCUUCCAGCGCAGACCUUGCCCAGCGCCCGCAGCUCUCGCGCGGGGCCGCCGGGCUCCAGCGUUGCAGCCGCUACUCGCGAGCGGUGCAUUGUUGCGAGCCGGGGCAGGCGCGGGGAUUUACAAAGCCCGAAGACCCCGGAGCCGCCGUCAGCCAUGUGGAUACCUACGGAGCACGAGAAAUACGGCGUGGUUAUUGCCAGUUUUCGAGGAACUGUCCCAUAUGGCCUGUCACUGGAAAUUGGAGAUACAGUUCAGAUCCUGGAGAAGUGUGAUGGCUGGUACAGAGGAUUUGCCUUAAAAAACCCAAAUGUCAAGGGUAUCUUUCCUUCCAGCUACGUUCACUUGAAAAAUGCCUGUGUGAAGAACAAAGGACAAUUUGAAAUGGUUAUUCCCACCGAAGACUCUGUUAUAACAGAAAUGACAUCGACAUUAAGAGACUGGGGAACUAUGUGGAAGCAGCUGUAUGUGAGAAACGAAGGCGAUCUCUUCCACCGGCUGUGGCACAUCAUGAAUGAGAUCCUGGAUCUGCGGCGGCAGGUGCUGGUGGGCCACCUGACCCACGACCGGAUGAAGGACGUGAAACGCCACAUCACGGCCCGCCUGGACUGGGGCAAUGAACAACUGGGACUGGAUCUGGUGCCUAGGAAAGAGUAUGCAAUGGUGGACCCAGAGGACAUCAGCAUUACCGAGCUCUACCGAUUGAUGGAACACCGGCAUCGGAAGAAGGAUACCCCUGUGCAGGCCAGCAAUCACCACCUUUUUGUGCAGAUGAAGAGCCUCAUGUGUUCCAACCUGGGGGAGGAGCUUGAGGUCAUCUUCUCACUCUUUGACAGUAAAGAGAAUCGACCAAUCAGUGAGAGAUUUUUCUUGAGGCUGAAUAGAAAUGGACUUCCCAAAGCCCCAGAUAAACCAGAACGACAUUGCUCUCUCUUUGUGGAUCUGGGUAGCAGCGAGCUAAGAAGAGACAUCUAUAUCACUGUGCACAUUAUCCGAAUUGGUCGAAUGGGAGCAGGAGAGAAAAAGAAUGCCUGUAGUGUCCAGUACCGGCGACCCUUUGGCUGUGCAGUUCUGAGCAUUGCUGACCUGCUGACAGGCGAGACAAAAGAUGACCUCAUCCUGAAAGUGUACAUGUGUAACACAGAGAGUGAGUGGUACCAAAUCCACGAGAACAUCAUCAAAAAACUGAAUGCACGUUACAAUCUGACGGGCUCCAACGCAGGUUUAGCGGUUUCCCUACAGCUAUUACAUGGAGACAUUGAGCAAAUCAGAAGAGAAUACUCAUCAGUAUUUUCUCAUGGAGUGUCUAUAACGAGGAAGUUGGGUUUUUCUAAUAUUAUUAUGCCUGGUGAAAUGAGAAAUGAUUUAUACAUCACUAUAGAAAGGGGUGAAUUUGAGAAAGGAGGGAAGAGCGUGGCCAGAAAUGUGGAAGUUACCAUGUUCAUUGUGGAGAGUAGUGGCCAGAUCUUAAAGGAUUUUAUCUCCUUCGGCUCUGGAGAGCCGCCAGCUAGUGAGUACCACUCCUUUGUGCUUUAUCAUAACAACAGUCCCAGGUGGUCCGAACUGCUGAAACUUCCUAUUCCUGUGGACAAAUUCAGGGGCGCGCACAUCCGCUUUGAAUUUCGGCAUUGUUCCACAAAGGAGAAAGGAGAGAAGAAACUGUUUGGUUUCUCCUUUGUCCCCCUGAUGCAGGAAGAUGGUAGGACUCUUCCAGAUGGCACUCAUGAGCUCAUCGUGCAUAAGUGUGAAGAGAAUACAAAUCUUCAGGAUACUACCCGCUACCUCAAACUUCCCUUUUCCAAGGGCAUCCUCCUUGGAAAUAAUCACCAAGCCAUGAAGGCCACAAAGGAGUCUUUUUGGAUAACAUCUUUUCUCUGUUCCACAAAACUCACACAGAAUGGUGAUAUGCUUGAUCUCUUGAAAUGGAGAACCCACCCAGACAAGAUCACAGGCUGUCUCUCUAAAUUAAAAGAAAUUGAUGGCUCAGAGAUAGUAAAGUUUCUGCAAGAUACACUGGAUACCUUAUUUGGAAUUUUAGAUGAAAAUUCCCAAAAAUAUGGGUCUAAAGUAUUUGAUUCGUUGGUUCACAUAAUAAAUUUGCUGCAAGAUAGCAAAUUCCAUCAUUUUAAACCUGUAAUGGACACCUACAUUGAGAGUCACUUUGCUGGGGCACUUGCAUACAGAGAUCUCAUCAAAGUUCUCAAGUGGUACGUGGACAGGAUCACGGAAGCGGAACGGCAAGAGCACAUCCAGGAGGUGUUGAAGGCACAAGAAUAUAUUUUUAAGUAUAUAGUGCAAUCCCGAAGGCUCUUCUCCCUUGCUACUGGUGGACAAAAUGAAGAGGAAUUUCGCUGCUGCAUUCAGGAGCUCCUUAUGUCGGUCCGUUUCUUCCUUUCUCAAGAGAGCAAAGGGUCAGGAGCGUUAUCUCAAUCACAGGCUGUGUUUCUGAGCUCCUUUCCAGCUGUGUACUCAGAACUGCUGAAGCUCUUUGAUGUCAGGGAAGUGGCCAACUUGGUGCAGGACACCCUGGGCAGUCUGCCGACCAUCGUACAUGUAGAUGACUCCCUUCAGGCCGUUAAACUGCAGUGCAUCGGCAAAACCGUGGAAAGCCAGCUUUACACCAAUCCAGAUUCCAGGUACAUUCUCCUGCCCGUCGUGUUACAUCACCUCCAUAUGCACCUGCAAGAACAGAAGGACCUGAUCAUGUGCGCACGUAUCCUUAGCAACGUAUUUUGUCUCAUCAAGAAAAAUAGCUCAGAAAAAUCUGUGUUGGAGGAAAUAGAUGUGAUAGUGGCCAGCCUGCUGGACAUCCUGCUGAGAACCAUAUUAGAGAUCACCAGUCGACCUCAGCCGUCCGGCUCCGCCAUGCGGCUCCAGUUCCAGGAUGUCACUGGAGAGUUUGUUGCUUGUCUCCUGUCCCUAUUACGACAAAUGACAGAUAGACAUUAUCAACAACUUCUUGAUAGUUUCAAUACAAAGGAAGAAUUAAGGGAUUUCCUGCUGCAGAUAUUUACUGUGUUCCGAAUAUUGAUACGCCCAGAGAUGUUUCCAAAGGACUGGACUGUUAUGCGCUUGGUGGCUAACAAUGUUAUUAUUACAACAGUUCUAUACCUGUCGGAUGCACUUCGUAAGAACUUCUUAAAUGAAAACUUUGAUUAUAAGAUUUGGGAUUCCUACUUUUACCUUGCGGUCAUUUUUAUAAACCAGUUAUGUCUGCAGUUGGAGAUGUUCACACCUUCCAAAAAGAAAAAGGUGUUAGAAAAGUAUGGUGAUAUGCGUGUCACAAUGGGUUGUGAAAUUUUCAGCAUGUGGCAAAACCUAGGAGAGCACAAGCUUCAUUUUAUCCCUGCCUUGAUUGGCCCUUUCCUAGAAGUGACCCUGAUACCCCAACCAGAUCUCCGGAAUGUCAUGAUUCCUAUUUUUCAUGAUAUGAUGGAUUGGGAGCAGAGGCGGAGCGGCAAUUUUAAACAGGUGGAAGCCAAGCUCAUUGACAAACUGGAUAGCCUGAUGUCGGAAGGCAAAGGUGAUGAAACAUACCGCGAGCUCUUCAACAGUAUUCUACUAAAGAAAAUUGAGCGGGAAACAUGGAGGGAAAGUGGCGUUUCAUUAAUCGCCACCGUAACUCGUCUGAUGGAGAGGUUGUUAGAUUACAGGGACUGCAUGAAAAUGGGAGAGGUAGAUGGCAAAAAGAUUGGCUGCACAGUUAGCCUUCUGAACUUCUAUAAAACUGAACUGAACAAGGAAGAGAUGUACAUACGCUACAUCCACAAACUCUAUGAUCUGCAUCUCAAAGCCCAAAACUUUACAGAGGCUGCAUAUACUCUCCUGUUGUACGAUGAGCUGCUGGAAUGGUCCGAUCGGCCCCUCCGGGAGUUCCUGACCUACCCCAUGCAAACAGAAUGGCAGCGAAAGGAGCACCUACACCUUGCCAUCAUCCAGAAUUUUGACCGAGGCAAAUGUUGGGAGAACGGUAUCAUCUUGUGCCGGAAGAUUGCAGAGCAGUACGAGAGUUAUUACGACUACAGAAACCUGAGCAAGAUGAGGAUGAUGGAAGCCUCUUUGUAUGAUAAAAUCAUGGACCAGCAACGCCUUGAACCAGAGUUCUUCAGAGUUGGAUUUUAUGGGAAGAAAUUUCCAUUUUUCUUAAGAAAUAAGGAGUUUGUGUGUCGAGGGCAUGACUACGAAAGGCUGGAGGCCUUCCAACAGAGAAUGCUGAAUGAGUUCCCCCACGCCAUCGCCAUGCAGCAUGCCAACCAGCCCGACGAGACCAUCUUCCAGGCGGAAGCUCAGUAUUUGCAGAUAUAUGCCGUGACUCCUAUUCCGGAGAGCCAGGAGGUCCUGCAGAGAGAGGGUGUUCCGGACAACAUCAAAAGUUUCUAUAAAGUGAAUCAUAUCUGGAAAUUCCGCUAUGACAGACCAUUUCACAAAGGCACUAAAGAUAAAGAGAAUGAAUUCAAGAGUCUCUGGGUGGAGAGAACAUCGCUGUACUUGGUGCAGAGUUUACCUGGAAUUUCCCGCUGGUUUGAAGUGGAAAAGCGUGAAGUGGUAGAAAUGAGUCCUCUGGAGAAUGCAAUUGAAGUAUUGGAAAAUAAAAAUCAGCAGCUGAAGACUCUGAUUAGUCAGUGUCAGACAAGACAGAUGCAGAAUAUCAAUCCCUUGACCAUGUGCCUGAAUGGAGUUAUAGAUGCUGCGGUGAAUGGCGGGGUUUCCAGGUAUCAAGAGGCAUUUUUUGUCAAAGAAUAUAUCUUAAGUCACCCUGAAGAUGGAGAGAAAAUUGCACGGUUAAGAGAGCUGAUGCUUGAGCAGGCACAGAUUUUGGAGUUUGGUCUGGCCGUGCACGAGAAGUUUGUGCCUCAAGAUAUGAGACCCCUCCACAAAAAGCUGGUCGACCAGUUCUUUGUGAUGAAGUCAAGUUUAGGGAUACAGGAGUUCUCCGCCUGCAUACAAGCCAGCCCAGUCCAUUUUCCCAAUGGAAGCCCCCGCGUGUGUAGAAACUCUGCACCUGCUUCUCUGAGCCCAGAUGGCCCCAGGGUAAUUCCCAGACGCAGCCCAUUAAGUUACCCAGCUGUGAACCGAUACUCCUCUUCCUCACUGUCCUCACAAGCGUCUGCUGAAGUAAGCAAUAUUACAGGGCAAUCAGAAAGCUCUGAUGAAGUCUUUAACAUGCAGCCAAGUCCAUCUACCUCAAGCUUGAGUUCGACUCACUCCGCUUCGCCUAACGUGACAAGCUCUGCCCCAUCGAGUGCCAGAGCUUCCCCUUUGUUGUCUGACAAACACAAACAUUCCAGAGAAAACUCUUGCCUGUCCCCGCGAGAGAGGCCAUGCAGUGCCAUCUAUCCGACACCUGUGGAACCUUCUCAGAGGCUGCUGUUUAAUCAUAUUGCAGAAGGAGCCUUGCCACGCAGCGACCCAAAUCUUUCCGCACCUGAGAAAGCUGUGAAUCCCACCCCUAGCAGCUGGAGCCUGGACAGUGGGAAAGAAGCCAAGAACAUGUCGGAUAGUGGGAAAAUUCUCUCUCCCCCUGUCCCUCCAAGACCCACACAAACUGCUUCACCAGCAAGACAUACAACGUCCGUGUCCCCCUCACCUGCUGGGAGGUCUCCGUUGAAGCAGGGCCCCGGGCAGGGGUUCACGCCCUCCCCGGUGGAGUACCAGUCCCCGGGCCUGACCUCCCACUCCCCGGUGCUGUCGGGCAGCUACAGCAGCGGCAUCUCCUCCCUGAGCCGGUGCAGCACGUCGGAGACCUCGGCCUUCGAGAGCCAGGCGCCCGAGGGGCCGGCGCAGGCGGCGGGGCCGGGCCCGGAGGAGCCGGGCCGCCGGGAGAGCCGGACGCCGCCGCCCUACAGCGUGUACGAGCGGACCCUGCGGCGGCCCGGGCCGCUGCCGCACAGCCUGUCCAUCCCGGUGGCGGUGGCGGUGGCGGCCACGGUCGAGCCGCCCGCGCUGCCCCCCAAGCCGCCGGCGCCGCGGCCCGGGCCCCCCGAGAACGGGCCGCGCAGGACCGAGCCGGGCCCCCGGCCGCGGCCGCUGCCCCGCAAGGUGUCCCAGCUGUGAGCCGCGGAGGGGCGCUGCGGGCGGGCGCCCCGGACCCUCUCCCCUUGCUCCUUCAGCCGGCGGAAUUAAAACCUGCUUAUUAACACGUUGCACAAUAUUAAAAAAAAGUCACUGAUCUCAAACGCCGGAUGGUCGUGGCCUGGGGCUGACUUUCCUUAGGUGUCUCCCCUCUGAAAGUGGUAAAGAGCGUUAAAGGCUUCUUUUGGAUCUUUUUAUGUUCACCCCCCCACACACACUUUUUAUUUCUUUUUAUAAUCCAGUUGCACGUCCACACCAGUAGGCUGUCGCCGAACCACAGGGCGCGUGCAGUUGUGUCCUUGUGACCUUGCACUUGGUCCCCUGCGAAAGCAAAGGCCGAGCACAGCCUAACGUGGUGGCCCUGCUAAUGGGAGGCUUCUCGUGGGCCCAUGGGUGCCCACCCCGAGUUCCCAGUUCAGGCAGCCUUCGCUAGGCCAUGCACUUAUGCGGUUGCAAGGAGGAGGGCUGCAGGUGAUUUUGUUCUUGAAACAAAAACUAAUUCUUGGAGGUUGCUUUUGACAUUCGACCCCUUGUCUGCUUUCUUAAGCCUCUGCUCUGUGAAUUGCUUGGUGGAUCCCUUAGUGCCCCGACACCAGGGCAUCUACUGUAGUUCUUCUAGAGGUACAGUUGACUGUCGGAGUCGCAGUCGGCUCGAUUAAGCAGAGGAGCCCGGGAGAAAUGUUUACUUGAAUCUUGUGCUUCCGUACUUGAUAGUUUCCUCCGCAGCCUUUGUCAUUGAAGAAGAGCAGAUGUUCAUGUGUUAAAUAGGCACAAAUUAAUGUGUCCCAUUAACGAGAAUUCAGGAAUCGAUACAGGACAGUAUUAAAUCAAUAGCGUAAAUGAAGAAAAAAACCUUGGAGAAAAUAGAUUAGCAUGAUUAAAUGGCAAAAGGACUUUCAGAAGGCAAGGGCAUUAACUUUCAGUCCUGCACCGAGUGGAAAAGUCUUCACAACUCCCCAGGCUCCUAGCGGAGCUUGCCUUCGUAGCGGAUCCCGCUUCUUGUUGAAGGGGGAGAUGGCCGCAGACCCCUCUGGCUUGGGUAUUGCUGCACAGCGUCUCAGAGCUGGGUAGGGAUGCUAAGGCCCCAGUUGCAGGAGUGUGAAAAAAGCACCUUGUAUGUAGUAAUGGAUUUUGUAUCUAUGUCUUUUUCUUUUACUGACUGUUUAUAACACUCAAUUGACGAUAAAUAUGACUGUAUUUUAAAUCAUACUGUUAAAUAUUUUCCCUCUUUUGUUGGGAAGCUCAUUUUAGUUUAACCGUGUUUGUUUUUGUUGAUAGCUUACCUGGAAGGCAGUGACCACUUUUUUAUAUUCUCUUAAUGAAACCAUUCAGCAGGUAUAUGCUGUUGAGGCUGGUUAUAGAGGUUUUCUAUAAUAAAUGUUCAAGUAUUUUUGUACAUAACUGGUUAAUUUUAAUAAGAGAUACCAUUAUGUGUAAAAAAAAAAGUAAAAAUAAAAGCAAACAGUUGUGGAUGCAGUAUGAUUGUUAUAAUUAUGCCAAAUACUUUAUGUAUGGAAAAGAAUAUUUGUACAUAUGUGCUUUUAACAAUAAUUCUGCCAUUAUUGACUUUACAAUUUUGAAUGUCAGAAAGAUUAAUAUAUGUUAAAAUAUUUAUGUUUAGUGAAAGUAUUCAUAAUGGAGAAAAGGAACAUACGAAUUUUAGCUUUGUAUCUUGCAAGUUUUGCAGUCGGAAAUUUCUGGAACUAGCUUUUGCUUUUGAUGAUAACACUUUGUGUUUGUAAUCACAUUCUUAAAACUAUCUACACACACACACAUACAUAGGAAGCUCCAUAUUCCUGUUGCUUUAAGCAGUAAAGCCUUCCAUUUAAAUAAGUUGACAUGCAUAAGGUAACAAAGCUUCUUUGACUUCCUUUUCCUUUGUAAUUUAAUAGAUCGUUGACUAGUGCUUGGGCACUGUAUAAAUCAGUGUUAUCUGCUCUUGAAGCCAUUUUUUAAAGAAGUUUUUUGGCAAUGAACAGUUCAAUUUAUCACGUGCGUGUAUUUCUGAAGCAGCUAUAUAGCAGAACAUUUCAAAAGACUCUUAGCUCAGAUGUUCCUGUUGGUUGCUGCUGAAUGGUAAAUAUUUAAUAAAAUUACCUGAUUAAUCUUA